AUGAGUUCGGCGGCGUUAGCCUUUGACGCUGAGUGUAGCGAGAAGGACUGGCUGAAGUCAACAGUCUCCGAGGCAUCUGCAGAAAAUGUCGCAGCUGCAGCUGCAGCAGCACAACAGACUGACACCCUAGGCUCACUCAGUCAGACUUUGAGGCAGGUAGCUGGUACUAUGCAAGAUCUUGCGAGCGAGUUGCGAUCGCUGAAGUCCAAGUCCAUGGUCAUGCAACACUUUACCACCAAAAGAAGGACUUCAGUCUCAGGUGACCCCAUCAACCCUGUCUUCUUCUGCGCGCAGCGGCCGAAUCUAGAGCAGAAGAUCGACGCAUUGCCGGUCAACAUUCAGGUCAAGUUCUACGAUAUAUUGGAUGAGAGGCUCAACUUGACACAUGCUCGGGCAACCGACGAGCAAGUCAUGGAGCUACUAACCGACGUCGCCAAAGAAGCUAGUCCUGUGACGCCUAUCAACUCUAACAUCGAGUCCUCUACCGAAUAUUUUCACACAGUUAGGACUUCCCCUACUUCACACUGUGGUCAUGGCGAACCUGAGAGAUGUCACAGUCCUUCUGAAGUCGAGCCUCCCCAUAACCUACCGAGCUCAGCCGAAGAAGAUAACUCCCUACGAGACGAGGACUUCUCGCUGGACUCUUUCUCUACAGACGACGAUAGCGAUAUGGACGAGGAAUCUUCUGAUGAGCCUCUCGAGUUGCCUCCUCGAGACGACGAUCCUCCGGCUUCCGAGCCUGAGUAUGGCGAUGAGCCAUUCACUGUCUUCGAGGGGAACAUCUUCGACGUCGUUUCGGAAUACCUGAAAUCGAAACCUCAUUAUCGAUUGGUCAACGGCUGUAUCGAGGAGCUCAAGACAAAGCGGAAGACUUGCUACUUGGAAUGUCGUAGGACGGUGUCAUCUCGGAACGAGGGACGGGAAGCAUCGAAGGGUGCCAAGCCAGAUUGGCGGCUCUGGCCUGCCUUCACCUGUCAUCUGAGGAGGAUCAAGGUUCGGCAAAAUGGACCCUUAUGUCAUAUGUAUCCACUGCGAGGAGUUACGGCCACCAAUGAGGACUGGAGAGAGCACUCACAUUUUCCGGGCACUGAAGAUUGCAGAAGUGCGAGGAUCCCUCCAGAUAUUCUCGAUGACUGGCAAAUUUGGCUCGCUGAACAGCCAUGCAUACCUACAGCACAGUUGAAGACGAAGUCUCGCCAGAAGUGUAUUGAUGGACAAUACUCUACCACUUCCAUAGAGUUCAUCACGCAGAAGGGACUCGACAACUUCGAGGCUGUGAGGUCUGCACUGCGCUCAAUAAAAAAAUCGAGAGAGUGCGGGUUGAGUGUGGAAGCAUUCACGAGAGAGCUGCGUGAGUUGGCUUGUGACGCAGCAGAGCUCGAGGGACGAGUUGCAGACAUCAUACGUAGCAUUGAUGCUGUCGAAGCAGGUAGUGGUUCCUAA